UUUGGUUGUUUGUUACUAAUUCUGAGCUUGUUUGACAUUUAAAGUUACGAUAAAAGACUUCGUGUCCCUUUGCAUGGACUAAAUGUACCGGGGUUGUUGUUUUUAAGCGGAACCUUGACUCUUCCAAAGAUGGACUUGAUUUAAUAAAACUUUUUUCCCCUCUAGACUACUAGUUCAACUCGGAUCUUAACGAUGUUUCAGCAGGCGAUAAAGAACUUCAACAUCCAUGUAAACCCUUUAAACGAGCGGAACACCAUUUCCAGUGGGGACCUGGUGACAGGACACAUCUCCUUCGAGCUCACAAAGGAGACGAAUCUGACGUCGAUAACGAUGGCGAUGAAAGGAAAGGCCCAUGUCCGAUGGACGACGGGAGCGGGUGGAAAACGGAGUCGAAGGCGACAGGUCUCGGCCACACUGGAAUUCUUUAACUUGAAAGGAGUCAUCUUGCAAGACAGAAGUGUUUCUAGGAUGUCAACAAAACUACAGCCUGGCACCCACAUGUAUCCGUUUACAUGUCAGCUACCACAGGGAGACUUCCCAUCCAGCUUUCAAGGGCAUAAUGGACAAAUCCAGUACACUUUGACAGUGGCCAUCAACAGGCCCUGGCACAUGUCUAAAGAGGUUGAGGCUCAGCUGAACUUUCUAAAGCACAUUGAUACCAACCAGCCAUUGCUGCGGGCUCCUCUCUCAGGCACCAACAGUAAGACAGAGGGCUGCCUCUGUUGUACCUCGGGUCCCAUCACCAUGACAGUCAGUACAGAGAAAAAAGCUUUCAUCGCAGGGGAAACGGUGAAAUUAAUUUGUGUCUUUGGCAACACUUCAUCUCGAACAGUUACUCCAAAGGUAACAUUGCUACAGAAACAGGUUUACUACACCCACGGCAGGAACAGAAGUAUAAUGCAAUUCAAAAAGUUGGUGUUUAUGAAUGGACAUCCCAUCAGAGCUCAUACCUCUAUCUUGCACAUUGAGUUCACGCUCACCAUCCCCUCUUUUGCGUCGCCCUCAAUCGCCAACUGCAGCAUCCUGGAAGUCGAACACUUCAUUCAGGUGAGCCUUAGUGCAAAGUUUUCUUCUGAUCUCAUUGUGCUGGUUCCCAUCGUCAUUUGUGACACCUUUAUAGAAGCUCAACCCCAACCUUAACCGUGUAUAAAUGUGUGGCUAAUCUUCUGUUUGACAGACAGACAGACAGACACUGUUUUACGUUUUCAGUCUGACUUGUAACUGGAAGACCUUUAUUUUACAGUUUUUGUUAAGCAGGAUCAUUGCCACUAAGGAAAAAACAUGUAAAGCUCUGUUGUAUUGAGAUACUUUGAGGUCAUUUAAAAAAAACAUUAGUUUACUUUUUUUUAAGAGGCCUCUUCUUCUCUGUUGUCAAUCUUCAGCUGCUGAUAGUUAUUGUUUUUAAUGUUUAUACUGUUAAAGAUUGUUACUCACAAUUUUUCAGAAGAAGAUCAGACAUUAUCUAUUGUCUUAGUUAUUAUUGGACCCUAAAUGGAGUUAAUCAGAAUCCUUUAUUAUUGCCAAGUACAUUUACUAAUACAUUGAUUUGGUGUUAUGGUGCAAAACGCUUAAACAGCAGUGCUCCUGCUGACAGGUAACUAGAAUACGAUUUAUAUAUAAAUGUAUAAUAGACUAAAGAAUACAAGUGUCAGUGAAGGAACUGAACAGUUGUGCAGGUAUGCACAUAAUUUACAGUACAGAUAUCUCAGUAUUAUUUCCACACAGUGUGCAAUGUAAGUUUAGUUACUUUAUUUAAAUUGCCAUUACCUGUUCUAUGUUUUCAGGGAAAAGUUUACAGUUCUAUCAGACCUUACAUCUUUUCAUGACAAGUGUGCAUCUAUGAGUGUUUUUUUUUUUACCGUGUUUGUGCUGGUUGUCUAACUGUAUUUUAAGAAAUUGUGACACAAGAGAUUACAUUGAUGUCUGCAUAUCCCUGUCACUUUAAAAAGACAAAACCAAAGACAUUGAAACUGCCUUAUAGAGUCAUACUGCCUCCAGACAAGCAUACCUUUCAAUUUUCAGAAUCUUUGUGCAUGCGUGUCAAAUUGUGUCUCCUGUGAAUUAUUAUCAACAUCUAAUGAAGAUCUAUUCUGUUUUUGUAUUCUGCUCAGCAUAUGAUUGGGCAGACUGAAACAUGGGGAAAUGUGUGUUUCAGUCGAACGUUAUUCCCAAUUUAUCUAUAUGAACAUUCAAAGCAUUGUCUCAGAUCAUCCUGAAAAAUGAAACAUACAAAUAUUGAUGUUCUGUAAAUGUGUUGAACAAAAUACUCUGGGAUGAAUUCAAAUUACGAUACAUUUAGCAUGUUCUUAUUUUUACAUCAUGUAAUAAAAAAUAAACUUUUGUAUUAUAUUUCUCUAUGA